AUGGAACACAGGGAACACAGGAAAGACAGGGAAGACAUGGAACACAGGGAACACAUGGAACACAGGGAACACAUGGAACACAGGGAACACAGGGAACACAUGGAACACAGGGAAGAUAGGAAAGCCAGGGAAGAUAGGGAAGACAUGGAACACCGGGAACACAGGGAAGACAGGAAAGACAGGAAAGACAGGAAAUACAUGGAACACAGGGAAGACAGGAAAGAAAGGGAAGACAUGGAACACAGGAAAGACAGGAAAGACAGGGAAGACAUGGAACACAGGGAACACAGGGAAGACAGGAAAGACAGGAAAGACAGGGAAGACAUGGAACACAGGGAACACAGGGAAGACAGGGAAUACAUGGAACACAGGGAACACAGGGAAGAUAGGAAAGACAGGGAAGACAGGGAAGACAGGAAAGACAGGGAAGACAUGGAACACAGGGAAGACAGAAAAGACAAGGAAAAGAGGGAACACAAGGACGACAGGGAAGACAGGGAAGACAGGGAUGACAGGGAACAAAGGAACCACAGGAAAGACAGGAAAGACAGGGAAGACAGGGAACACAGCGAAGACAGGGAACACAGGGAAGACAGGAAAGACAGGGAAGACAUGGAACACAGGGAAGACAGGGAAUACAGGGAACACAGCGAAGACAGGGAACACAGGGAAGACAGGAAAGACAGGGAAGACAUGGAACACAGGGAAGACAGGGAAGACAGGGAACACAGGGAAGACAGGAAAGACAGGGAACACAGGGAAGACAGGGAAGACAUGGAACACAGGGAAGACAGGGAAGACAGGGAACACAGGGAAGACAGGAAAGACAGGGAACACAGGGAAGACAGGGAAGACAUGGAACACAGGGAAGACAGGGAAGACAGGAAAGACAGAGAACACAGGGAAGUCAGGGAAGACUUGGAACACAGGGAACACAGGGAAGACAGGAAAGACAGGGAAGACAUGGAACACAGGGAAGACAGGGAAGACAGGGAACACAGGGAAGACAAGAAAGACAGGGAAGACAGAGAACACAGGGAAGACAGAAAACACAGGGAAGACAGGGAAGACAGGGAAGACAGGGAACACAGGAAAGACAGGAAAGACAGGGAAGACAGAGAACACAGGGAAGACAGAAAACACAGGGAAGACAGGGAAGACAGGGAACACAGGGAAGACAGGAAAGACAGGGAAGACAGGGAAGACAUUGAACACAGAGAAGACAGGAAAGACAGCAAAGACAGGGAAGACAGGGAACACAGGGAACACAGGGAAAGACAGGGAAGACAGUGA